AUCAUCUAGUCUUGAAAAUUGACUGGUAAAGAUGAACUACUGAACUUUAAUCCCAAACCGAUCUACGCAGGAAUAAUACCUUACAGGUUAAUAAGGACACAUAAGUCCCAGCGGAAAAGCAAAGCACUUUUCCUGUUUAAUGCGUGAUACCGGUCAGAAGUACUUUUACUCAACUGAAAAUUUGACUGGGUUUAGACCAGAGGAUGAUCUUGAGUGUUCAGAAUUCAACUUUCUCAGGUCUAAAGUAAAUUGCAAGGGUCAUUUUAUUUCGAAAUAUGGAGGAAUUACUGUUUAGAUUUUAGCGAAAAUGAAACGAGCAUCUUUUCAUAUACGACCAUGAGACUAUCAUCCCUCGCAAAUCUUCCAGAGUAUUGUUUAGCUGCGAUGUUGUGCACUGACCUUGUUAUUCUGCUUCUACGGUGAUAAUGUGACUUUUGUGGUUGCAAAGUAAAGUGCCUUCUCUUCACUAUAUUAUGUGUGGAGAUAGAAAAGUUACUGUUUGCGCGGCACCUGAGCAGAAAAUGUUUUAAUGCAGCAACGGUAUUGAUAGUAAAGGUGACACCAUAGAUAUCGAAGCACUCCAUAACAGUUGGAUUAUGAGGACAGAUGUGAAAUGAAUGGACAAUGGAACUCCCUAUUUUACCAUACCUUUUACUUGAAUAAUGAUGCUGGGGAUUCGUGGAAGAAGACACUGAGACAACCUGGUCAACCUGCCACACCACACACAGAGGAGGUAUCCACUGAAGAUCCCGCCGAGGUUCGCUGGAGGUCUCGUCGCCGUCGCGCCAGUUCCGUCAGUGCUGUUUCCCCAGACCCUUCUCAUCCGUCAGGAGAUGCCGUCAAGGAUGCCAACAGCCGCGCCUACUGGAGGAGGGUGCGCUCUCUUUCCAGGGAGAAUCGACAGAGACAAGAGGCGAGAGACCGUCAGCUGAAGAGAUCAGAACUAGAGGAACGUCGACGAAGAGAACACAUCUUGGCAGAGCGCAAAAGAGAAAAGGAUGCGUUGAUGAGACGAUUUCUUCGAGAACCUUUAGAACAGUGUCGAAUUCGAGCGGCGAAGGAAAAUUCAAAGAAAAAAAAUGAUGAUAUGAAUGACGAAGAAAUUGCGAUAGAAACAGAAAGCUUAGUGAGACCGAGUCAGUCUGCCCCUGACCUUGAUGAAGCACUUAGAAUAGUAAGAGGAGAGGAUAAGGCACUUGAUGCUAGAGCACACGCCUUUUUGAGUCCAAAUAGAAGACGUCGUUAUUGCUCAGAAGAAAAAAGCCAGCUCCUUAAAGAAGAAAAAAUAUGUGACCGAUUCUUGCGCACUCACAAUCCCAGAAUACCUCCUCAUCAACCUCCUAUCGUUCCUUUUGCAGGGCAAACAAAACGACGUGUUCCUGGACCACCAACUAGGCCCUUUCCCCCAGGUUCAUCUGAUGAUAUAAUCAGGGAAAAUCAAAAACCUUAUCCCACGCUACCACCGGAGGAGCUCAUAAGUAAAACUCGACCAAAAAGGAGUAGCAGUAUUGGAGAAAACAGCCUAAAGAUGGGGACGACAAAAGUUUUGAAUGAUACUUUUGGUGAUAUUUCUGGCAUAGGGGAAAUCGAUUCCAUUCUUGCUGAUUACAAACCGCCAUUGGAGAGUCAUAUCAUGGUUCUUCCAAAGCCGAAGUUAGAACGGCGAAGUUCAAUGCCUGAUCUGAGAGAUUUUCGUUUUGUGAGUUCUGCUGUUGUAUAUGAAACAAUUGCUGCCCUGAGUAAUUUAGGAGAUGCAAGGGGUUUAAUGGUGCUCCCAUCUCAUGAUCUCGCUAAUUCUGUUGAUUUGAAUAACACUUCUGCACCAGAAAUCGUCUCCAGUAAAUCGCAGUCAAACGAGUUUUUUCACAAGAAUUCACAGAAAUGGGUAAAAAAAAUGACAAAGUACAUAAAAGAGGAAACACAGGCAGUGUUAUCACAUAGUCCUCUAAUUGGUAGUCUGUCACCAACUAUAAACCAAAUAGGUCUCCAAAAAGGACGAAAAGCACAAAGGAAAGAGUGGAUUGCAAAACAUUCAUCUUUAAAAAACCUCCAAAAAACAAUCCUUCCAACUUUCUCAGAGACAGCUUCUCAGACCGAAAACAUGCGUCCAAUGUCAGCAGUUUUACAUCGACGAAAUUCACUAGGUAGUGAAGGAGCUGAUUCCGUUUAUUAUGACAGCCUUGAAGAAGAUGAAAGUAGGGCCAGCAAACAGAGCUCAACUACCCAAGCAUUUUAUGUACCAAUGAAAAAUGAUAUCCCAGCAAAUAAAGUCUUAGUGCCAACCUUACCUGCAAGACUUACAGCUCGUCUUGAAAAAAGGCGGACAGUCCCUAAUAAACGGCCAUUUCCGAAUACUGUACCACAAGAUGACCUCUUGCUGAUUGGCAAGCAUGUUGAGGUUCUUAGUGAUGAAGCUCUACUAACACAUCUAACAGCAACUGAAGUUGGUCAUUUUUCAGACGCCAUUUCAAAUGAAAAUGCAAAUGUAUCUAGUGAUUCAGAUAUUUUAGACAGUCCUAAAGUCAAAGAAACUAUUUGCAAUGGAAAUAUAUCCCCACAAAUAUCAGAUCAAAGCGCAGAAUUAUCUCAGUCUGAUAUCAUACAGAUUACAAGCACAGAUAUGACUCAAAAAGGAUCACUGAAUUCAUUGCCAAAUAUAACUGAUACUAUAUCUAACUCCUUUGAAAACAGAAGUGAAAUGUCAUUUGAAAAAUCAGAUCCUCUUCCAGAACCAAGCUCUGCUCAGUAUUCUGAUACAUACACACAAAUCACUGAUCAGUCAUCCUAUGCACCUGAUAAAGAAGCUUCAAAAUCAAAUGCAACUGAAGAAAACUGUCCCUAUAAUGAAAAUAGUGUCAGUGAAAUAGACAAUGAAGACAGUAUCAGAAAUAAAAGAGUGGGUUUUCCAGCAAUGGCGAAUGAAAUAUCACCAAUCACAAGUGAUGAUAACGAAGAUAAAGAUGAAGGUACAAAUGAACUUGACGCUGGUGCAGAGACCCAAGCAGAGGAAACUCAAGAAAAUAGAUAUGAGAAUCGUCCAAUUGAUAACCAGAAUGAAACCUAUGAUAAUGCAACGUUAUUGCAGCAUUCUGUAGAAGAGGAAAUUCCUAAGUCUGAGAGUUCUGAGGAAAACUAUAAUACAGAUUCUUUUCAGUCUGUUUCGUAUUCUUAUGAAAAAAGUGAAGAGGACAUUUCUGAAGUUUUGGAUAAUGCAGAGAGUGACAUCCAAAAUAAUGAAAGUAACAGUGAGGUAGAAGUACAAACAGCUACACCGGAACCAGCUAGUAACAACACAAGUGGGUCAAGUGCCGUACAUGAUGACGUAAGUGAAAGUGUUAUAUCUGGAAACAAUAAUCCCACCAAAGACUCACCCAGAGAUAUGAGUGAUGAAAUCUCAGAGGAAACGAGUAGUAAUCCAUCACAAGAUCAACUGGAAAUCAUUGGAUUUACCUCACAUGGGAAAGAAACACUUUUAGAAAGUGGAUUUAUUGAUUGUGAUGAUGCAAGUUUAACACCAGAUCCACUGAAUAAUAACGGUGAUAAGUCUGGAUUAUUCAGUACCAAUGAGCCUGGCUCUGAAACUGAAAUAGAUAACAACAAAGCAAUCUCCAUGAAUGCAGACAAAACCAUGCUAGAAGUGGACCAGAAAAUGGUUGCUGAGUGCGAGAAUGAAACUUUCAUAGAAGAAUCUUGUGAGGUAAGAGACAAAGACGAUAAUUAUGAAUCAAUAAGCAAUAAUUUGAUGAUAAAUAAUGCUAUGGGUCAACAUGUCCAGAGUGAUGCAAAUAAUCCAGAAAUAUUAUCCCAAGACAGCAAACAACUUACAAGUAUGGAAGACAUGAUAACAGAGAGCUUACAGGAUGGAGAUUUUGGCAUGAGCUUAAAUGACGGUUUUUUUCUAAAUGAUGAUGAAUCAGCAUCGCCCAUAUCAAUAAAUGAGGUAGAUCAAGAAGAAUUUAGUGAUGGAAAUGAUUCUUCAGACCGAAUCACAGUCAUUCGUGUGCCAUCUGGUGAAAGUAACUAUGACAGUGGAGAAGGUACUCCUGACAUAGACGCGGAAUUUCCACUUCCAAUUGAGGAAGAUACCAAUGAAUAUAUCUCAGAUUCUGUGAGUCCCAGCAACACAGUACCAGACAAUGAUUGUGAAACUGACUUGCUCCAUGAAAUCUUUAGCAGCAAUACCUCGAAUGAGGGGAAACAAACCCCAGUAGAUGAAAUUAGCUCAGGACUCUCCACUAUUGAAGAGGAUGACGAACUCAUCGAGGCUCUGCCCAUCAGGGAACAAGGGCAGGAAGAUGUGUUAGCUAUAGAGGAAACAGAAGUUACAGAAGAAAUAGGUGAGGAGCCAUUAAAGAAUGAUGACAACAUUUUAACAGAAGAUACUCAAGAUGUUAGGAACGAUUGUGUGGACAGAAAUUCGAUUUGUAGCAUAGAUGAUCUAGAUAACUUUGAUAAAAAUGUUAGCACUGAUAUAAAUGAGGACGAGCUGGUGAUGGAUUCUGAGUCUGGAAUAAAUAUAGAAAAGGAGAGCACUGUAGCUAAUAAAUCUGAGUCUGAAAAAGAAAAUUUAGAUAUUGUAGAACAAGAAAAUACAGCAGAUAUAGUUGAAAAUGAGGGGAAUCUGGAUGGAGAUGAUGGGCCUGAAAUCUUAAAAGAAAACCAGGACAUUACCAUUGGAGCAAAUAAUUCAAAAAACGAAUGUUUGCAAGAGCAUUAUGAUCCCCUGGAAGAAAAAAGGGAAAUUGAGAGCGAAGAUGCAGUCACUGAAGAUUUUGGAAAUACAGAGAAUAAUCAACAAGAAAUAUCUGGGGAAAUAUUAAUAGAAACUGAUAAUGUCACAAUGGAGGAUAUCCAUUUAGCUCAAGAAUCACACACAGAUAAAGGAAAUUUUGAGGUUGAUCUGAAAGAACCAAAUAAUGACGAUCAAACGGGAACAUAUGAGAGAAAUUCAAGGGAGGUGGUUGAGAAAGAAGGAAAAGAGCCUAUAGAAGAAAUAUUGGAAAGUAAAAAUCAUCAGGAAUGCCAGUUUCAAAACACGUUUAAUGAAAAGGAAGAUGUAGAAGAAAUGGACAAAACUUUAGAAGAGAGCAGUGACCCUUCAGAUGGAAAAAUUGGCAAUGCAGUUAGUGAAUGCCACGAAAAAGAGGUAAUGGGAGAUGAUGAAAUAACUGGCUUGGUUGCGGAGACUGAUUACACUAAUGAAAAUGGUGCUGGAGGCGAUAUACAAGAAAGUAAGGGUGACAAUGAAGAAGAUGACGAAGCUGACACUGCAGAAGAAAAUGAAACUGGAGAAGUAAAUGAACACAAAGAAGUUUUUUCAAAUAAAAAUGACGAGGGAAUGAUAGAAGGUAAGUUAGAUUUGAGCGAUGAAUAUGAGACUGAAAGUAUUAAAAACCUAGCUCUUAUAAAGACAGAAGGCAACAAAAGUGACAUACUAAUAGAGAAUGAAGAUCAAUAUGACCUGAAAGUAGAUAUCAUGGAUGAAGUCAUUGCUGCAUCAGUAGAGAGUGAAGACAAUGAAACAGACAAAGUAACAGAGAAUGCAGACCAAAACGAAUUGGAGGUAGAUGCCAUGGAAGAAGUGGUUGCUAUGUCAAGGAGAAGUGAGGACUGGGAAAUUGAUAAAGUAAUAGUGAAUGUUGAUGAAUCUCAUUUGGAGGUAAAUCUGGAAGAAGCGGUUGCUGUGUCAGAAGAAGGCGAAGACACUGAAACUGAAAAAGUAACAGAGACUGAAGAUCCAAAUGAAUUAGAGGAAGAUCUCAUGGAAAACGAAGAUGCUAUUUCUGGGGAAUUUGAGGACAAUAAAACCGAUAAAGUAAUAAAUAAUGAUGAUGAAUAUCAGCUGGAGGUAGAUAUGGAAGAAAUGGUUGCUGCAUCAGAAGGGGGAGACAUUGAAACUAUAAAUGUAACAGAGAAUAGAGAUCAAAAUGAAUUAGAGGAAGAUAUCUUGGAAAACGCUGUUGCUAUUUCUGGGGAAUGCGAGGACAAUGAAACUGAUAAAGUAACGGUGAUUGAUGAUGAAUAUCAUUUGGAGGUAGAUAUGGAAGAAAUGGUUGCUGCAUCAGAAGGGGGAGACAUUGAAACUAUAAAUGUAACAGAGAAUAAAGAUCAAAAUGAAUUAGAGGUAGAUACCUUGGAAAACAAAGUUGCUAUAUCUGAGGAAUGUGAGGAAAAUGAAACUGAUAACGUAAUGGAAAACGAUGAUGAAUAUCAAUUGAAGGUAAAUCUGGAAGAGGUGGUUGCUACAUCAGACGAAGGCGGAGACAUUGAAACUAAAAUAGUAGAAGAGAAUGAAGAUCAAAAUGAAUUAGAGGAAGAUAUCUUGGAAAACGCUGUUGCUAUUUCUGAGGAAUGUGAGGACAAUGAAACUGAUAAAGUAACGGCGAUUGAUGAUGAAUAUCAUUUGCAGGUAGAUAUGGAAGAAGUGACUGGUGCACCAGGAGGUGAAGACAUUGAAACUAUAAAUGUAAAGGAGGAUGAAACUCAAAAUGAAUUAGACGUAGAUACCAUAGACAACGUGGUCGCUAUAUCUGGGGAAUGUGAGGAAAAUGAAACUGAUAAAAUAAUGGAAAAUGAUAAUGAAUAUCAAAUGAUGGUAGAUAUGGAAGAAAUGGCUGCUGUAUCAGAAGAAGGUGAAGACAAUGAAACUGAUGAAGUAAUAGAAAAUGAAGAGCAAUAUGAGCCAGAGGAAUCUCUCAUAGAAGAAGCGGUUACCAUAUCUGAAGAACUUGAAGUAAUGGCAACUGAUGAUGCACCUGAGGAGGCAAAUGAAACUCAGAGAGAAGAAGAACAAGAAAGUAAUUUGCUCAAUGAAAUGGCUACUGAUGAAGUAUAUCUAAAUGAUCAAGAACUUGAAAGAAAUGAAGAGGAAAUGACAAAAGAUGCAAAUAAUGGGGUCCAUGAUAUAAUGGAAACGCUUGAGGGGCCAGUGGACGAGGGAAUAUACACUGAAUUAAAAGAGGAAGAUAAUGCAUCUAUAGACAAUUCUAUGGAAGGAAUAUCAGAGGAAAACGUAGAGACUGUGAAGGAAAAUAUUAUGUCUGACAACAUGGAGAAAACUAAUGUUUGCAUGAAAAGCGAUAAUGAAGAGACAGAAAGGAAGAGGGGCCAGUUAGUGGACGAUAUGGAUACUCGUAGGCAUGAAGAUAAUGAAGAUAAUCCAGCCUCAGGAACUGAGAAUAUGAUAGAAGAUGAAAGUAUCAUUGAGGAGGAACUUAACAGUAUUGAUGUAAGUGAAAAUAAUUUGAUGGAGAAUGAAGACAUUUACAGUGAAGAAAUUGGGACGCUGGUGUUUGGAGAAAUGGAAGUUGGAUUGAUGAAAAACUCUGAGGAAAAUUCACCUAAUGUGGAGAAUUUUAAAAAUGAGGAAUUUGGAGAAAAUAAGGAAGUGCAUGAAGGCAUGAUGGAAAGCAUUUCAGAGAAGGAACCGCUUGUUAUCGAAAUGAGUGACCUAAAUGGGGAUAUCUGUGACAAUGGCGGUACAUACGUAUCAGAUAAUGAGACAAAUGGCAGACCUGCUGUUAGUGAAAGUGAAGCCAGUGAUUUGUCACUUUUCAGCGAUGAAACUCAGGAUAUAACAGAACCUAUUAUUCGUCCUGAAUAUGAGGAGUCACUAGAAUUCACAGAAGGAUUGAUUGAAAACGAAGUAUUCAUUGGAAACAAAACAAUUAGACAUUUUAAUUCUAGCCAGAUGAUGGCUAUACCCCAUAAUUUAGUUAUUGCAGGCAUUGAAGAUGCCCCCAUGCUUUUGUGUCAAGAAUUUGAUGAUAGUUUUCAAAAUAAAGUUCUGACAGGCAAAGAUACACUUAAAAGAGCAGAGGAUUCCACAUCAUCAAGCCAUAUUCAAAAUAGCAAUCAACCCCUUGACGAAGUCCAUCUACCAGAGUCCCUGAUGGAAGGUGAGGUGGCUUUUUCAGAUGAUGAAUCACCAAGAGAAGGCAGUAACCCAGAGGGAGCAGCAGCAAACUCCCCAUCCUCUGAUUCAGGGGUUGUAGAAAUGGCAGGAAAAACAACAAACUCUCCAUUAGAGUGUUCAAGAGAUAAUGGAGACUUAAGAAUUCAAAAUGAUCAUGAUUCUCAUGUACAAGAUUCUGUUAACAAUGAAAUAGCCCUUGAAGUUAUGCAAGGGAAAAGGCUUUCGACCAAACAAGCUAAAGACAGAGCCAAUCGCAUUACAAGUGGACGCCGUCGACCAAUAUCUGCCAGUGGGAAGGAUACAGAGGUUAAGGAACCGGUAAUGAUGAGAAGUUGGACAAGUCUUCAAGGUCAAGAAGUUGCUCUUAAUAAUAACACUGAAGGAAAUAAUAAAGGAACACAAAGCCAAGAUGACGUCCAUAAUCCCUCUUCUCAGAUUGAGAGUGAUGCAACUUCAAGAAGUAAGUAUCAGUUGGUGCAAGACUACUUAGAUAACCUCCCUCAUCACCCACCAUGUAAAAAUGAAUCUCCAUUAUGUACAGCAGGCAGUCUUCCUGGAUCGGUGAAUGAAAUGCAGACAGAUAAUAAUAGUGAUUUUGGAUCAUCAGAGACUGGUGAAGGCAGCUAUUCUGAGCGUUUACUGAAAGCCCUUGAAGCAAGACGAUUACGACGUCAUAGGCCCCCUUCAUCAAAUAUUGAUCACGAAGAAGGACCCAAAAAAUACAGACCCUCGUCUUUAAGUGCUUUAGAUGCCUUUUUAGCCACUCUGUCAAGAUAUCGUGGAGGGUCUGAAUGCGGUGAUGACAACAGAGAUGAUUCACUUACACCUUCCUUAACUGGUGAUGAUGUUACAGUACAAGUCAGAGCAGGCCCACGUCACCAUGAUGUCAGGGUGAGCUCUAGACGCCAAGUUCGUCUUGUGGUGAAUGUUAGCAACCCUGGAGCAACAUCAGACUCUGGCUGUGUUCCUGACACAUCCCGAACUGAACGUUUAAGAAGGAAAGAAGCGCCAACGAGUGGAAAGUCCCCUUUGAGGCAGUGGAAUCAGCAUCACAAGGGGAGAGAGGAUCGACCCUCCACGGCUAAUAGGGACAAGACCGUCGAUGCGGAGGUGGACCAAUUACUCUCCGAUGUCCGCGAAUACUUGAACAAAAAGUUAAAUCGCGUGGGUAGGGAGAACCCGACAGCCGAGGCGCCCUCAGCAGAGAUAUUCGUGGAGGGAAGCAAUAUCGAAAAGUGUUUUAAGGAACGCCCAUCCGUGGGAAGCAGGACCAGGCUUUAUCCAAAACAUCGUCCUAAACAAGAGGAACAGCAGUGGCGUCGGCCAACACAGCCUACAAAUCCUAUCCUCCGUGAGCAACAGAAAAUACAGAAUUCCAUUAGUGCAAUCAACAGUUUACUCAAGCAAUUCUCUUGAGGAAAUGAAAAAAUAGAAACACUAUGGAUACAGAUUUAGACAACAUCCACCUUCUUCUAUAAUAAUUUAGAUUCAGGGUACUUAACUAGUUACAUAAUCUCGGAAUUUAAAGUAAUCAUAAUUGAAUUAUGAAAUAAGUUGUUGGUAUUUGGUAGGAAUAGUAUAUAAACAGUGAUCGUUUUACGCGAGCCUAUGGCAGACCUUUUAACUUCCAUGGCGUGAACACAUGAACCUUGCGUGUCCUGCAUAGUCAAUAAAUAGUGCUACAUAGUCUCGUUUUGAAUGAAAUCAACAGCCCGUUUCAUUUUGGCCACUUUCGAGAGAUAGAGUAGGUUUUCCUCAUAUACUGUUUUCAAAGAGACUGAAAAAGAGUAUUUCUAGUGUAAAUAAUGCCUUUAUUACUUUGAACGACCAAGAGUCUUGUACUCCAAAAAGGACCAACCAUGUUUAUUCCCCCAACGCAUUAAUGAAAGAAGCAUUUUCGUAUGCUUUCACAGAGGGCUACUGCAUCUGUUGUUGGACACAUUUCUGGAUUUAUUCUUGCUACUUUUUCUCUGUAUCGCUUAAAAUCUAAGUCAUCUUCAAUAUUCAUAUUUGCUCUAAGUUCAAUAUAAUUUAAAGAGUUAGUGCAGAGUCUAGUCAGUUUUUUGCUGGAUAAGCAUAAAGGUUUUUGAGGACCAGGAAUAUUGUACCUUGUUGUUUCCAAUAGUUUUUCGCCAUCACUGUAUAACUAAGAAGGAUUCAUAGGACCAGUAAAUCCCUUUCUUCACCUUACAUGUGAUUUUUAUCUAGAAGAUUAUUCUCUGAAUGUACAAAUCCUGUAACUUCACUCAUGAUUACAACAUGAAUUGACAGUAUUGCAUUUCAUCAUAGCAUGCACACACACGCACACACACACACACACAC